CCAUGGAGUCGGAGGAGGAGCAGCACAUGACCACGCUGCUGUGCAUGGGCUUCUCGGACCCGGCCACCAUCCGCAAGGCGCUGCGCCUGGCCAAGAACGACAUCAACGAGGCCGUGGCGCUGCUCACCAACGAGCGGCCCGGCCUGGACUACGGCGGCUACGAGCCCAUGGACAGCGGCGGGGGGCCCGGCGGGGGGCCCCGGGGCGACGGCGGGGGCGACGGCGGCGGCGGCGGGGGCGGGGGCUCGGGCUCGUCCCGCGGCGGGAGCGGCGGCGGCGGAGGUGGAGGAGGCGGCGGAGGUGGCGGCGGCUUCGACCCCCCGCCCGCCUACCACGAGGUGGUGGACGCCGAGAAGAAUGAUGAAAAUGGAAACUGCUCAGGAGAGGGAAUCGAGUUCCCCACCACGAACUUAUAUGAGCUGGAAAGCCGUGUCCUGACAGACCAUUGGUCCAUCCCAUAUAAGCGAGAAGAGUCACUUGGCAAAUGCCUGCUGGCCUCCACCUACCUGGCAAGACUCGGUCUUUCUGAGUCUGACGAGAAUUGUAAAAGAUUUAUGGAUAGGUGUAUGCCCGAAGCAUUUAAAAAGCUCCUGACAUCAAGUGCUGUUCACAAGUGGGGGACUGAGAUUCAUGAAGGAAUCUACAAUAUGUUGAUGCUGUUAAUAGAACUUGUAGCAGAGAGAAUAAAACAAGACCCCAUUCCAAUUGGCCUGCUGGGGGUGCUUACAAUGGCUUUCAAUCCUGACAAUGAAUACCACUUUAAAAACAGAAUGAAAGUGUCCCAAAGGAAUUGGGCAGAAGUAUUUGGAGAGGGAAAUUUGUUUGCUGUUUCACCUGUGUCUACUUUCCAAAAGGAGCCUCAUGGAUGGGUUGUGGAUUUGGUAAAUAAGUUUGGAGAAUUAGGUGGAUUUGCUGCAAUCCAGGCCAAGCUGCAUUCAGAAGAUAUAGAACUUGGGGCAGUCUCAGCACUGGUGCAGCCCUUAGGUGUGUGUGCCGAGUACCUCAAUUCCUCUGUGGUGCAGCCUAUGUUAGAUCCUGUCAUCCUCACUACCAUCCAGGAUGUGCGGAGCGUGGAGGAAAAGGACCUCAAAGACAAGAGAUUGGUUAGCAUCCCUGAACUCUUGUCUGCCAUCAAGUUACUAUGCAUGCGCUUCCAGCCGGACCUGGUGACAGUGGUGGACGAUCUUCGCCUGGACAUCCUCCUGCGCAUGCUCAAGUCCCCGCACUUCAGUGCUAAAAUGAACUCCCUCAAAGAGGUAACCAAACUAAUAGAAGAUAGCACUUUAUCCAAAUCUGUGAAGAAUGCUAUAGAUACAGACAGAUUGUUAGAUUGGCUAGUUGAAAACUCAGUUCUGUCGAUUGCAUUGGAAGGCAACAUAGACCAGGCACAAUACUGUGAUCGUAUAAAGGGAAUCAUUGAACUUUUGGGCAGCAAAUUGUCCUUAGAUGAGCUCACGAAAAUUUGGAAGAUACAGUCGGGACAAUCAUCUACUGUGAUCGAGAAUAUACAUACUAUCAUUGCCGCAGCAGCCGUGAAAUUUAAUGCUGAUCAACUUAAUCAUCUAUUUGUUCUCAUUCAAAAGAGCUGGGAGACUGAGAGUGACCGAGUGCGACAGAAGCUCCUCAGCCUGAUUGGACGAAUAGGCCGGGAGGCUCGUUUUGAGACCACUUCUGGAAAGGUGUUAGAUGUGCUCUGGGAGCUGGCCCACCUCCCUACCCUGCCCAGCAGCCUCAUCCAGCAAGCGUUGGAAGAGCACCUGACCAUCCUGAGUGAUGCCUAUGCAGUGAAGGAGGCCAUCAAGAGGACCUACAUCAUCAAGUGCAUUGAAGAUAUCAAAAGGCCUGGAGAAUGGUCGGGUCUGGACAAAAACAAGAAGGAUGGAUUCAAGUCAUCUCAACUGAACAAUCCCCAGUUUGUAUGGGUGGUACCAGCUUUGCGUCAGCUCCAUGAAAUCACCCGCUCAUUCAUAAAGCAAACCUACCAAAAACAGGACAAGAGCAUUAUUCAAGACUUGAAGAAAAACUUUGAAAUCGUGAAAUUGGUGACAGGAAGUUUGAUCGCCUGUCAUCGGCUUGCAGCAGCUGUGGCUGGACCUGGAGGCCUCACUGGCUCCACACUGGUGGAUGGCCGAUACACCUAUCGGGAGUAUUUAGAAGCCCAUCUGAAAUUUCUGGCAUUUUUUUUGCAAGAAGCUACCUUAUAUCUGGGUUGGAAUCGUGCCAAGGAAAUUUGGGAAUGUCUUGUGACUGGUCAGGAUGUUUGUGAAUUAGAUAGAGAGAUGUGUUUUGAAUGGUUUACAAAAGGGCAACAUGAUCUCGAGAGUGAUGUUCAGCAGCAGCUUUUCAAGGAGAAAAUUCUUAAAUUGGAGUCAUAUGAAAUCACGAUGAAUGGUUUUAACUUAUUUAAGACUUUUUUUGAAAACGUGAACCUCUGUGAUCACCGUUUAAAAAGACAAGGAGCUCAGUUGUACGUAGAAAAGCUGGAAUUGAUCGGUAUGGAUUUCAUUUGGAAAAUAGCCAUGGAAUCACCUGAUGAAGAAAUUGCUAAUGAAGCUAUUCAAUUAAUCAUAAACUAUAGUUACAUUAAUUUGAAUCCUAGGUUGAAAAAGGAUUCUGUAUCAUUACAUAAGAAAUUCAUUGCUGAUUGCUACACAAGAUUAGAAGCAGCCAGCUCAGCCCUCGGUGGCCCUACACUGACGCAUGCCGUGACCAGAGCAACCAAGAUGCUCACUGCAACAGCUAUGCCCACGGUGGCGACCUCAGUACAGUCUCCAUAUAGAUCCACCAAGCUUGUGAUCAUUGAGAGACUGCUGCUGCUGGCAGAACGCUAUGUGAUCACUAUCGAGGAUUUUUACUCUGUUCCACGAACUAUUCUACCUCAUGGUGCCUCAUUUCAUGGACAUCUUUUAACUCUUAAUGUUACUUACGAGUCUACCAAAGAUACCUUCACUGUAGAGGCUCACAGUAACGAGACCAUUGGGAGUGUCCGGUGGAAGAUUGCCAAACAGCUCUACUCCCCUGUGGAGAACAUACAGAUAUUCACCAAUGAUAGUCUGCUGACAGUGAACAAAGAUCAAAAGCUGCUCCACCAACUGGGUUUCUCUGAUGAGCAAGUCCUUACAGUGAAGACUUCAGGCAGCGGGACCCCAUCCGGGAGCUCAGCAGAUUCUUCCACCAGCUCCAGCAGCAGUAGCAGUGGGGUCUUUAGCUCGUCAUAUGCCAUGGAGCAGGAGAAAUCACUCCCUGGGGUGGUGAUGGCACUUGUGUGUAAUGUCUUCGACAUGCUCUACCAGCUUGCCAACCUAGAAGAACCCAGAAUAACUCUGCGAGUUCGGAAGCUUUUGCUCUUGAUACCCACUGACCCGGCCAUUCAGGAAGCUCUGGAUCAACUUGAUUCACUUGGAAGAAAGAAAACAUUGCUGUCUGAAACAAGUUCUCAGUCUUCAAAAUCACCUUCCCUGGCUUCCAAGCAACAGCACCAGCCCAGUGCUAGUUCCAUCUUAGAAAGUCUGUUUCGCUCUUUUGCUCCAGGAAUGUCCACUUUCAGAGUGCUCUACAACUUAGAAGUUCUGAGCUCCAAACUCAUGCCAACAGCUGAUGAUGACAUGGCAAGAAACUGUGCAAAGUCCUUCUGUGAGAACUUUCUCAAAGCAGGUGGUUUGAGUUUGGUUGUGAAUGUCAUGCAAAGAGAUUCCAUCCCCUCUGAAGUGGACUAUGAGACCCGGCAGGGUGUAUAUUCCAUCUGCCUGCAACUUGCACGGUUUUUACUAGUUGGCCAAACAAUGCCCACGUUGCUAGAUGAAGACCUCACCAAAGAUGGCAUUGAAGCCCUUUCCUCCCGCCCCUUCCGGAACGUCAGCCGUCAGUCAAGCAGACAGAUGUCCCUAUGUGGCACCCCAGAGAAGUCCUCCUACCGGCAGCUCUCGGUGUCAGACAGGUCUUCCAUCCGUGUGGAGGAGAUCAUCCCGGCUGCGCGAGUGGCCAUCCAGACUAUGGAAGUAAGUGAUUUCACUGCCACUGUGGCUUGCUUCAUGAGAUUGUCAUGGGCUGCAGCCGCUGGACGACUGGAUCUUGUUGGGAGUAGCCAGCCAAUUAAAGAAAGCAAUUCUCUGUUUCCUGCUGGAAUUCGAAACAGACUCAGCAGUUCAGGAAGCACCUGCAGCUCUGGGAGUGAAGGCGACCCAGUGGCGCUGCACGCAGGCAUCUGUGUGCGCCAGCAGUCCGUGUCAACCAAAGACUCGCUCAUCGCAGGGGAAGCACUGUCCCUGCUCGUCACCUGCCUUCAGCUCCGGAGCCAGCAGCUCGCAUCUUUCUAUAACUUGCCCUGCGUGGCUGACUUCAUCAUUGAUAUUCUACUUGGCUCACCCAGUGCUGAGAUUCGCCGUGUUGCCUGCGAUCAGCUGUAUACUCUUAGUCAGACAGACACUUCAGCUCAUCCAGAUGUGCAGAAGCCAAAUCAGUUUCUCCUAGGUGUGAUUCUCACAGCCCAGCUGCCUCUCUGGUCCCCAACCAGUAUCAUGAGGGGAGUCAAUCAAAGACUGUUAUCUCAGUGUAUGGAAUAUUUUGAUCUGAGGUGCCAAUUAUUAGAUGACCUAACAACUUCUGAAAUGGAGCAGUUAAGAAUUAGCCCAGCUACCAUGCUUGAAGAUGAAAUUACUUGGCUGGAUAACUUUGAACCUAAUCGCACAGCAGAAUGUGAGACCAGUGAAGCAGACAACAUCUUGCUGGCGGGACACUUACGGCUCAUUAAGACCCUACUUUCUCUCUGCGGGGCUGAAAAGGAAAUGCUGGGUUCAUCACUCAUUAAACCAUUGUUAGAUGACUUCCUUUUCCGAGCUUCUAGAAUCAUUUUAAAUAGUCAUUCUCCAGCUGGCAGUGCCGCCAUCAGCCAACAGGACUUUCAUCCAAAGUGCAGUACAGUGAAUAGCCGAUUGGCAGCCUAUGAAGUUCUUGUGAUGUUGGCUGAUAGCUCCCCUUCCAACCUGCAAAUUAUCACAAAAGAACUGCUUUCUAUGCACCAUCAGCCUGACCCUGCUCUUACCAAGGAGUUUGAUUACCUUCCCCCCGUGGACAGUAGAUCCAGCUCAGGGUUUGUGGGGCUGAGGAAUGGUGGUGCUACGUGUUACAUGAAUGCUGUCUUCCAGCAGCUGUACAUGCAGCCUGGUCUCCCGGAGUCAUUACUUUCAGUAGAUGACGACACAGACAAUCCAGAUGACAGUGUGUUUUAUCAAGUGCAGUCUCUCUUUGGACAUCUGAUGGAAAGCAAGCUGCAGUAUUACGUACCUGAGAACUUUUGGAAGAUUUUUAAGAUGUGGAACAAAGAACUUUACGUGCGAGAGCAGCAGGAUGCCUAUGAGUUCUUCACAAGUCUCAUUGAUCAGAUGGACGAGUAUCUUAAGAAAAUGGGGAGAGAGCAGAUUUUUAAGAAUACUUUUCAGGGAAUCUAUUCUGAUCAGAAGAUUUGUAAAGACUGUCCUCACAGGUAUGAGCGUGAGGAAGCAUUCAUGGCUCUCAAUCUAGGAGUCACAUCUUGUCAGAGUUUGGAGAUCUCGCUGGACCAGUUUGUUAGAGGAGAAGUUCUAGAAGGAAGUAAUGCAUAUUACUGUGAAAAGUGUAAAGAAAAGAGAAUAACAGUGAAAAGGACCUGUAUUAAGUCUUUACCUAGUGUCUUGGUGAUUCACCUGAUGAGAUUUGGAUUUGACUGGGAGAGUGGACGCUCCAUCAAAUACGAUGAGCAAAUAAGGUUUCCCUGGAUGCUAAAUAUGGAGCCUUACACCGUUUCGGGAAUGGCUCGCCAAGAUUCAUCCUCAGAGGUUGGUGAAAAUGGACGAAAUUUGGACCAAGGAUGUGGUGGAUCCCCACGGAAGAAAGUCGCCCUCACAGAAAACUACGAGCUUGUGGGCGUUAUUGUGCACAGUGGACAGGCACACGCCGGCCACUACUACUCCUUCAUCAAGGACAGGCGGGGAUGUGGGAAGGGAAAAUGGUAUAAAUUUAAUGACACCGUUAUAGAAGAAUAUGACCUCAAUGAUGAGACACUGGAAUAUGAAUGCUUUGGAGGAGAAUAUAGACCAAAAGUUUAUGAUCAAACCAACCCCUAUACUGAUGUUCGCCGGAGAUACUGGAAUGCCUACAUGCUCUUCUACCAAAGGGUGUCUGAUCAAAACUCCCCCGUGUUACCAAAGAAAAGUCGGGUCAGCGUAGUGCGGCAGGAAGCCGAGGAUCUUUCACUGUCAGCACCAUCAUCUCCAGAAAUUUCCCCUCAGUCGUCUCCACGACCCCAUAGGCCUAACAGUGACCGACUCUCUAUCCUCACCAAACUGGUUAAGAAGGGAGAGAAGAAAGGCCUCUUCGUUGAAAAAAUGCCUGUCCGAAUAUACCAGAUGGUGAGAGAUGAAAACCUCAAGUUCAUGAAGAACAGAGAUGUAUACAGUAGUGAUUAUUUCAGUUUUGUUUUGUCAUUAGCAUCACUGAAUGCUACAAAACUAAAGCACCCGUAUUACCCUGGCAUGGCCAAGGUGAGCUUGCAGCUUGCCAUUCAGUUCCUGUUUCAAACUUACCUCCGGACAAAGAAAAAACUCAGGGUUGACACUGAAGAGUGGAUCGCUACCAUUGAAGCAUUGCUGUCCAAAAGUUUUGAUGCUUGUCAGUGGCUGGUUGAAUAUUUUAUUAGUUCUGAAGGACGAGAAUUGAUCAAGAUUUUCUUGCUGGAGUGCAGCGUGAGGGAAGUCCGAGUCGCCGUGGCUACGAUUCUGGAGAAAACCCUCGACAGUGCCUUGUUUUAUCAGGAGAAGUUAAAAAGCCUUCAUCAAUUACUGGAGGUACUUCUUGCUCUGUUGGACAAAGAUGCAGAAAAUUGUAAAAACUGUGCUCAGUACUUUUUCCUGUUCAACACUUUUGUACAAAAGCAAGGUAUCCGGGCUGCAGACCUGCUGCUGAGGCAUUCAGCCUUGCGGCACUUGAUCAGCUUCCUCCUGGGCACCACGCGGCAGAAUCCGCAGAUCCGUCGCUGGAGCUCAGCACAGGCACGCGAGUUUGGGAAUCUUCACAACACGGUGGCUUUGCUCGUUUUGCUCUCAGAUGUCUCUUCCCAAAGGAACGUGGCUCCUGGUGUCUUUAAACAACGGCCACCUAUUAGCAUUGCUCCCUCGAGCCCCCUGCUGCCCCUCCAUGAGGAAGUAGAAGCUUUGUUGUUCUUGUCUGAAGGGAAGCCUUACCUGUUAGAGGUCAUGUUUGCACUUCGUGAGCUGCCGGGCUCGUUGCUGGCACUCAUGGAGAUGGUGGUGUACAGCUGCUUCUGCAACGAGCACUUCUCCUUCACCAUGCUGCACUUCAUCAAGAACCAGUUAGAAACUGCUCCACCCCAUGAGUUAAAGAACACAUUCCAGCUCCUCCAUGAGAUACUGGUCAUUGAAGAUCCCAUUCAAGUUGAGCGAGUCAAAUUUGUGUUUGAGACAGAAAAUGGAUUACUAGCUCUGAUGCAUCACAGCAAUCAUGUGGACAGCAGCCGCUGCUACCAGUGUGUCAAAUUUCUUGUAACUCUUGCUCAAAAGUGUCCUGCUGCUAAGAAAUACUUCAAGGAGAAUUCCCAUCACUGGAGCUGGGCUGUUAUGUGGCUGCAGAAGAAGAUGUCAGAACACUAUUGGACACCCCAGAGUAACAUCUCGAACGAAACAUCAACUGGAAAAACAUUUCAGCGAACCAUUUCUGCUCAGGACACGCUGGCAUAUGCCACUGCUUUGCUGAAUGAGAAGGAGCAGUCAGGAAGCAGCAACGGGUCCGAGAGCAGCCCUGCCAACGAGAAUGGGGAGAGGCAUUUACAGCAGGGCUCCGAAUCCCCCAUGAUGAUCGGGCGAGUUGGAGGAUGCUGA